UUCGCUUUUGCUUGGCGUCCCUACGCAUUUCAUUGUCAGUCUUAGUAUGAAAGUGCGCGUCUGUUCAUCGUAGUUUGCUAUCGAGUUAAAACGCGUAAUUUGACAUUUUCUUCUGACAAGAAUUCUUCACGAUAUUAAGUUCACUCGUUUCACCCGUAUGCAUUUUCUUUUUUCUUCCCGUUACUACAAAGCAAUAAAGGCCGCACCUCAAUCAGUCGAUCAUUUCAAGGACUGGUAUCCUUCGUACAAUACGACAAUACGUAUCUGAAAGUAAAAGUAUUCGAAGGAAUUUAGGUGAAAGUAAGCGUCGUUUCUCGAACAAAUGGAACCUUUCAUCCAACGUUUGUUAGAACGUGCUAAAGCACGGAGAGAGAAGUUAGAUGAACAAUUUGUUAACGCAGGAUAUGAUGUUAAAAGAAGGAGUCCUUUGAAAGGAAAUAUUCAGCUGGAACAAAUAACAGUGAAAGCAACAAAUGCGGCAAAUGAAAAUUCAGUCAAAUCACCAAAAGUAAUGGUUGCAACCGAAACUCCUAUAAAAUCCUCUGAUACAUUCUUUCUAUCUGAAAACAUUACAUCUAAGAAUAAUGAACAAAAUAAUAAAGAAAAUGAUGAAUUUGGAACUUCUAAUGUGCGUUCUAAGUUGCAGAGACUUGGAAAACUAUAUUCUGAAGAUAAUAAUCUUGGGUCCCCUAUACAUAGAACUGAAGAAAAAUUCAGUGCAGAAGAAAAUGAUACUGAACAUAAACCGAUUAAAAGAGGUGCUAGACUCGAUAGAUUAGCAGCUUUAGCUUCAACAAUCAACAAUUGGGAAGAUGAUUUAUCACAUCCAACAUUAAAUAAUUCAAAGAUUAAACCAGUAAAUAACAAAGCUGAAAGAAUACAAGCAAAAUUUAAUGUACAAGUUAAAAGCAUAGAACCACAACCAAGCACGAGUAAAAGUUGCAAAUUGAUUGCUGCCAGCAAUGAGACGAAAAGCGAAGAUACAAGUCUAGUUAAACAGUUAAAAUUGGAUAAAACUGUAUUAGAAAACUUGGAGGCUCAAGGCUUUAGUCGUACGGAAAGCAAUUCUCGCCUUGUGUAUGACUAUAAGCAUUGUUCUCAGGAAUCAACAAACGCGAUGACAAGUCAUUUAUCACCUAAGAAACUCACGAGUAGUGCUCAGAUGGAAAAGAAGCGAAUCUCGCUUGAGAAAUUUGAUGGUUCACCGAGAAGCAAGAAAACUGAAGAUGGUACUGGUAAUUCGGUUUCUAAUACUCCCGAAAAUAUUGUAAAAGGCGCAAAUACCACCAGUAGUUCCCGAUUACCAUCUAGAACUGGAUUUAACGGUUCGCCAAAAACUUUGGUCCAACCAUCAGGUUCGGUGUUAAGCAAAGCAUCAAUGUUUGAGGCUAAAAACAUGGAUACGAAAGCGAAAGAUCCUGCUCAAAUGUCGGUCGCCGAGAGAACGGCGUUUUUUGAGCGAAAUAAAGGAGAGGCGCCAUUAAUACCAAAAGCACCGCUUACGAUGUCGAUACCGCCUAAAAAAUUACAAGAGAAUAAUAAGCUUAACACGCAAUUAGGAUCUAAUGUAAGUAAUUCGGUUGUUCAUGAUGUGAAUAAUCGAAAUGUCGAUGCUUCGAACAAAAGCUGCUCGGUUCUUGAACAACGUGCAAUGUUUGAACAAGGUAGCAAUAAAAACAAAGUAGAAGAUAUGGAAAAUCAUAUUUUACAAGCUACUUGCACCGAAAGACAGCGUGAGUUAAAUAUGCUGCGUUCGCGUUUUAAUAACAAUAAGGAAAUUGCUCGUACUGCUGCUAAAUCCUGUGUUCGAACGAGCGAAAGUAGCGAAGGAGGUGGCAAAUCAUCCUCUCCGAAAAAUUCGCCCAUUUGUCCAGUAAAACCGACUCCUGCUCCGGAUCACAUCACCCCACCUCCACCACCGCCGCCACCACCUCAGAUCGUGUCAUAUUAUAGUAAAUCUCCGAUAAAAAGACAAGUUGGAAGUCCACCUAAGGUUCAACAUUUGAAUACAGUGUUUUGUGAUUCCAAUGUUAAACGUAUCCGUGUGUGUAUUCCAAAACCAGGAUCUCUUUAUCCUAAUCUAUCUGAGAUCGAAGCUACAGAAAGCGGAAGCAGUUCAGAAUAUACAGUUGAUAGUACCGAGCCUGUGACAGCUACUCUUGAUGAGGAAACCGAAACUGAAACUGAAAGCGAAACGGUCACCGAAGCCGAUUAUUACAUUCAGAAUGAUGAAACUGAUCAAGAGACCUCCGAAAGUGACCGAGAAAGCACACAGACUUCAUCUAUCGGGCGUACGAGUUUAGGACGUACUAUUUUGAAUGCGUUCAAUGAACGCUCGUUGUUUAAUAAAAAGAGAUCUAUGGAACCAGAUCUAGAUAGCACUACCUCGGAUAUUUCCGCACUGGACGAAAUGGAUCAAUAUUUGGACGAAUGUUUCGACAUGGAAGAUAAUAAUGUGAAAGAGGAAGGUCCAACACCACCGAAAGUAAAUAAAGGACGAAAGAGUCUGUUGACGGCGUGUAAUAGUUUCAAAUAUCGUUCACCUUUAAAAGAUUCAGACAAAUUAGAGGAUGGUAGUGGCAAAUGCACACCAUUAGUACGCACUGUUAGUGCAUAUAGACGAGAGCAGUUUCAGUUGGCUAAGGCUAAUUCAGCUGCAAGACCAGAAGCGGGAUCAGAUCCAGCUUAUAGCCAUACAGAGAAAUGCGAAGACGAAUCGGUACUGGUGGAAAAUAAAGUGAAAAGGCUAUUGGAUGAAGUUGUCACACAAAAUAAAAAAAUAGAAGAAGCUAGCAAAGCAUUAAAUUUAUGCAAAGCUAGUAUAGAAUUUAAUGGCUCUAGUGAGCACGUCGGAGGCGAAUGGGCUCUUCUUGUUGCCACUCGUAAACGACAAGCUGCACUGAAUGAAGUGCAGAGACUCAAACGGGAAGGCACGCUAAGACCUGUCAAAGCAGGCUCACCAGAUAUGGGAAGUGGAGCUUUAUCUAUCUCAGCGAUUACAUUAUCACUGAAACCAGAAUAUAUUCGACAUAUGGGUCUUGAUAAAUAUCUUCAUUGUGUCUGCUUGAUGUAUCACUUGGGCGAAGUGAUUGCCACUCAAGCAGCUACUGCUGAACCAGGCGACUCAUGCAUUCGUUUCACUUCGAUGCUGAAGUUCGAAAACUUACACAGUGACUUUGAAAUUGAUGUUGAAGUAUAUUCCUUGCAGACGCAACCAAAAUUUUUGCCACAUGAAAAGAAAUAUCAUAUCAAUCAUCAUAACAUAAAACCGAUGAAUAAGACGCCAAAGAAAAAAAAUCAAUUUGUAAUGCCAGAUAUACAGAGUCCAGCUGGACCGCAUGUAAUUAGAUCGCCUGCUUUUGAAUUGUCUGGGACUGCGACUAUUACGAUCAAUGAUAUAAAUUGCGAACAAUUCGCUCUGUACGGGAUCUCGUCGCAUUCUCCUCUGGAAGGACUUUUACGAAUGCAUGUAUCGCGCAAGCUUUCAGUAUCGAUAGAGCAUCGUGGAUUUUUGACACUCUUUGAAGAUGUCUCGAAUUUGGGUGCCUGGUGUCGAAGAUGGUGCUGGCUUAAAGAUGCUAGACUUUAUUUUUGGGUACAUCCUGAGGACGAACACAAGAAAAAUCCGAUAGGAUAUUUAGACUUGGAAGGUGUACUUACGAAAAAUGUACAAUUCGUAAAUCGAGAGAAAUGCGCUCGUCCCUUCACAUUUGUACUCGAGACAUCCAGACAAGCGCAACCUGAAGAUCAUAACAGUCUCGUUAUGAAGACGAAUGGGAUUGAAACCACAAUAGAGCACUUUUUAUUAGCUGAUACAAAAGAAGAAGGAUUACAAUGGAUGUCGAAAUUGAACAAAACUCUAAGUUUAAUUAGAGCUUGGGGACUUUAGAAAUUCAGUUUAAACUUAUUAAUUUCAAGCAACGUAUUCAGAUUCGACACAACUUGAACAAGGCCACGGUCGUGCAAGGUGCAAGAGAUGCGUUCUCUUAGACUCAGGACCUGAUCAAAAAUGUGAAAGCUAAAAACUCUCGUGAUCCCGGCGAAUUCCGGUAACGAAUGGCGGCGGUUCCAUUGGCCAGAGGCGACAGUCAUAUUAUACAGUACGAUCGAAACGUCCUUGGUCAUUGUGACAUUUGGUUUUCUCGAAGUUGGACGCGCGCCGAAGGAAAGUUGAUGACGUAACUAUCGGUGACCUUGCCAUUUCAGAAGAUGCGACGGCGAAGAUCUUGAGAAGGAGGAGGAGACCUCCAGCUAUUUUCUCGGUCUCCUUUCCGUUGAUGGUAUGAUAUAUCUCUAUCUUCCUUUUUCCCUUUUUCCCCCUCCUCUCUCUCUCUCUUUUUCUUCAGAAAUGUCUGUUCCCGUAUACAGAAAUCUAGCGGAUAUUCUUGGAAAUCGCGCAAUCGUCAGAUUUCUGGAUAUUGGCUAAUAUUGUCAUUGAUGCUUUAUAUAUAAAAGUAUCUUCGACAUAUUUUAUGCAAGAAUAAACUUGUAUAAAUAAAUCUUGCAACAUCGAAGCAACAUUGCCUUUUGUUACAGCGGGAGAACCUCAGAGAAUAAUUAUGAGAAAAUAUCGUAUAUAUAAUAAUAAAUUAUAUAUAUUAUACAAUUUUCUCUUGGCCUCUCCCUGAAUUCUUUUUCCUAGAUAUGAACAAUGUUAUUUCGAUGUAAUGCAAAUUAUUUGCAACUUCGACGCAAAGACGUUCGUUUUCACCGUUUUAAUGUUGAAACAGCUCCCAUCUUUUCGUCUUUAUGUUUUUUGUACGUGAGAAAGUCAGUGCACAUCACGAUUCGCGAUCGUAAAUGUGGACUCCGAAUGAUUAUACAUUGAUUAUGCAAAGAUCAUGAAGAAGACCGAGUUUCUUUCUCUUUUUUUCUCUCUCUUUUCAGGGACCAUCGAACUGCACGAUUCGUUUACAUACCAAUAGGCAAAAAAUUUGCACUUGUGUCAAUUUGAAACUGUAGAUUUUAUUUUAUAAUAAUGAUAUUAUUAUUAAUUACUUUUCAGACAAACGCUUUUACGUCAAAACUUUGAUACAACUUUUGCGUGAAAUGUUUUACACUAUCAAAAAUCUCGAUUUCUUCGUAUAAAUAUUAUUGCGCAUAGACAUAAAUAUUUCUUUAAAAAUGAUUCUUAAAGAAAUAAGAAAACUCGUAAUCUCUUGUACGGUAUUGUCAGUUUGAUGAGAAAUUACAUCUUUAAAAUACGUGGGGUAGCUAAUUGCAUGCGUAAGCGCAACAAAUCAUUUCAUUUUUCUCGCCUUACUAAGGAAUUUUAUUUAAUUUCUUACAUCAACGCAGAGACAUUACAACUACUAUAAAAUUCUAGACUUCAAUAUUUAUUAAUCUUCUGAAGUCAAGGUUCUAUUUCAUUAGUGUCGUUAUUACGAAACGCUCAUAAUUAGUCAAGCAACACAACGAUCCUCUAAAUUCCUGAAGGGAUCCACAUGUUUAAGAAUCGAGUUUUUAUUAGAAUAUAUACGUAUGUGUAUAGAAAAUAAGCGAGAACCGACUCAGAUAAUAUUUCGCCUGGGGCCUGAAUAUAUAAAAGAUGAAGCCUGCAUCAGAAGAGAUUAAUAAGUCGUUAUUUAGCAAAAAGCAAUUUGCAAAUUUGCGCUGUUACAUCGCUCAUAAAAAAAAGUUUCGUUAAUUCUUAUAAAGAAGGAGUACAGCAAAAAUAUCAAAUAAGAAAAACGCUGCAAUUUUCGUGUACGCAGAAUGAAUCGGCGUUUUUUUUUUUCUAGGAGAGAUCGGCGAUGGAUGAUUUACGACGGGGCGGGUGACAAAGGAUAUAAGCAUCUGCGGGCGACAGCUAAAAAUUAUGCAAUAAAGGACCUUUUCUACUGCUGUUGGCAUUAUAUGCCGGGUUACAACCUUAAAUUCCAGGUGAGGACGCGCGCGAUGUUAAAUUCUAUGAUAAACCUGUCCGUCGAAAUGUCUAUAAUUCAUUGACUUCAAAAUUAUGUAAUGGACAGAUGCAAAGACAGAUGCUGAUGUAGCCUGACCAAAAGAGGUAGAAGCUAGAACAUUUCUAGACAUUUAAUCUUGCAAUUAUUUUUCGCAUAAAAAUUUACGAAAGAGGAUAUAUUAAAAAAAUCAUCCAGAAUUAGAAAAUUAGAAUAAAAUUUAAUAAUUAUAAUUAAAGCCGAUAAAGUUAGAAAUCAAAGAUUUACAGGUUUAGGAAUCUAUACAUUUUUACGUUAAUUUUUGUCAUUGUUUAAAAAUUUUGCAAAAAAGGAGCAACUUGUCAUUCAUAUUAAACAACGCACAUUCAAUCAAUUUUUAGUUCUCGAUUCGGAAGCCGGUAAAAAAAAACCAUAAAUUAGAGAUUUGUAUUCAACUACUGAUUCAAUGCCCGUCGCCGAAAAGGCGAUUCAAUAAACUUUAUAUAAAUAUACAACGGGGAGUAUGACGAGUCAUUUACUUCUUAAUGGAUUAUCGACAUCCUCUUUCGAUCUAUUAUAAUCAGGAAUAAAUAAGCGCUUUUGACAGUUUAAUGCAAGGUCGAUAGUGUGUUCAAUAAUAUAUGCCUGAAGGCAAAAUCAUCUGCAUUAGAGAUGUGUCGUCUCCCGUAAUAAAUGUCUCGGGACCGAUUUUAGUAAGACGAUUUAAAGAAGAGGAAAGCUCGUCAACCCCAAUGCAUCCAAGGAUGCUGCAACGUAGUCCGGCCAGCGUUUGCAUUAGAUGCGUUUGCCGCUGUAAAAAA